UGUAAGAUCAAGUCAAGAAUGAAUGCUGUAGCAGGGAGAGAUUUCAGAUGACGGAAUCCAUUCUGUCUGCAUAUCCUUCAUUUUUAACCUCUGCUUAAAAAGAAAAGCAGCUGACUGUUGACAGCAACUUUUUCAUUUGACCCACUUAAAUUUCUUUUUGAGACUGUUUAUUCUACUUGAGAUUGAUGUUCAUGGAUAUGGAAAUAUUUACUUCUGUCUAUAUUUUGUAGACCUUUUUUAUUUCUAGGUAGCUUAUUGCAUCCAAAGCAAUCAGAUCUUGAUUUAAGGAACUUCUAAACAAAGUGUGUGUAACUUGGUUUAAUUUUACUGGUAUAUCUUCUGAAACCAGCUGUUUAAUUUUCUUUUUUUUUUUCUAAGCUUUAGAAGAAAUAUAUUUGUGGUAAAUGUCCAGGUAACUAACUUACUGACUUUUUGAAUAUCCAUUGAGGGAUUUACACACAUGUGUUUUACACUGCUGGUCCUAAAAAAAAAUUAAAAUUAAUGCUGAUGAAACAUCUAUGAAAUAAUUUUUUCCACAACAUAACUAACAUAAAUGGGUUUUAUUUUUAGGUUGUUACAGGUGUUCAAACAAUGAGAAGGAAAUGGCAAGAAUCUCUUGCAGAGGACAGCUCUUCAAAAGCUAAAGUUCAGAAUGUGGAUGUGCCCCUUAGUAAAGGAGAAAAAACAGAUGAUGAAGAUGGGAAACUGACAGACCCUACUCAAAAUGAAAAUAAUGUUCAGGAGGAGAAUGAAGACAGGCAGGAAGAACAGGCAAAACCGGAUGAACAGGUUGAACCUAAUAAUGCUAUUGAAAGCAGCAAAGGCAAUGACUCAGAAAGGUGUGAGACCAGUAAUCAAUCAGAGGAGGAAAACAAGGAAGCCCAGCAAGAAUUUACAGCAAAUCCUGAAGAAUUUACUAGUCAAGAAGAACUGUUGGGUUAUUUGCAAAGUUUUGAGAUACUGAAUGAAGAUGAUGCUUCAUUUAUCCUGAAAGUUACACAGACUCUCACAAAUGCACUGGUGGAAUAUCGUCAGCAGGCUGCAUCAAGCAAAGGCCACUUGGAUGCUGAAUAUAAUGGAGAAGCAGCACUAGAAUAUUCCACAGAACAGCCUGGCCAGACUUCAGCAGAUAUUACUGACUCUGACACUGACUACUCAAGCAGCCAAUCAGCUAAGCAGUUUUUACCAGUCAAUGAAGAUGAAUCCCAAAACUUUUCAACUGGCUCUUUGGAAACAGUAUAUGAGAACAACAUCACGACUGAGUUUUUGAACAGUGUAAGAAAUAUGAAUGCUGAAGAAGUUACUGCCACCCUACACAAAAUAGCAGCAUCAAAUCCAGCUUUCAGAGGAAUUGAUAUACCAAAUGUUAUAAGGAUCCUGACUCAAAGUGGAACUCUGAGGGGACCAAGAAAUGGCAGCACACAAUAGGUACUUAAUAAAGAUAAUAUAGCAAUGUUUACUUUCUGUACGUUGCUUCUUACAGAAGUAAGAAGUAAGUUUGCUGUUUUACUUCAGUUGACCUCAGUGGAGUUACUUUGUCACCUUUAAAUUUUGUACAGUGUUUUUUAAAAUAAAUUAAUAACUUGGUUUUGAUAUUCUUGUUAUUUAUUUCUCCAUUUAGGUGAAAGUUCUAUAUUGUGAAAGGUUGUAAAGCUCAUGUUCAUACUUUCUGUGUUAAAAAAAAAGCUUUUUAAAACAGCUAACUUGUUUUCUUCAGUAUUAUUAAAUAAUGUACAUUGACAGUCUGAUCUUUUCUGUUAAUUCUUUUACAAAGAAUUAUCAACAGAAUUAACUACUGCACUCAGCACUACAAACUCAUCCUAGUACAAAUACUUGGAAGUUAUUCCCUGUGGCUGCUGGGACUGACUAAAAAACCUUUGUAAUAAAAAAUCCUUACCCAUAUAAGGGUUAUGAACAGGUCUCCAAAUUUUUUUUUUUAAAUAAGAUUAAAAAUAAUAAGAAGUCGGCGCUGUCAGUCUCGUGCUGAGAUGAGAAGUGCCUGGG